GGUGUAUUUAUAAUCAUCCCCGCUUUACUGAAUUUUGAAGGUUUUUCUAUAUUAAUUAUUGGAUACUAAAAUGAACGACAGUGAAAUUGACAAUUUGAAAACAGAAUUAGACCACGAAAAAUCAUGCAGAGAAUCAGCAGCUUGGCAAAAUGGGGAGUUAGAAAAGCAAAUUGUCUGUAUGCAAGAAGAAUUGCGUAAAGGAGAUUACCCGUGGGACUCCGACGGCGAUUUACAAAAAGAGAGUUUAAAGCACAAACAUUUAUUAGAAGCUAUCGAUACGUUGAAACAACAACUGCCUAUUUUAAAAGAAAAAAUUAAAGGCGCCAGAGUUUGUGGACCAGAUUGUAAGUUAAAACAUGAUGAUUUGAACAUUAAUUUGGACAUUCUAACUCCAGCUGAAUUACUGCGCACUGUUAAACGUUUCGAGAGACUUAAAACCGAUUUGAUAAGUACACUACGAAGUAGGGAAUGGCGCUUGGAUUCUGAAUCAAAGUUAUUUGUGAGGGUCAAUGAUCAGAGGACUUAUUUACAAAACGAACUAAUGAUAUGUCACAAUAAUAUAAUGCGCCUUCAAAGGAAUGGAACAUACUGGCAUUUCAGGACUAUUCCUCGCAGAAACGACGAGAGAGUUUUGGACCCAAAGCGAGGCCCUAUAAAGAAAAUAUUUGGUAAUGAACGACUGCCGCCUAUUGUUACUUAA